AUGCUGACCCGGUACAGCACGGUGGGCCCCGGAAUGAGCAAGGCGAUCGAGAUGGGUCCAGGUCCAGUUCCAGGCCUCUCCCAGUUCUUGCGGGCUCUCGGGUUGGAGGCCUAUGCACUCUCAGCGAAGCGCUGGGCGCAGGAGCAGGGUGCUUGCAGCCUCUCUGAGUUGGUUGAGAAUGCUGAAGACCUGGCAACCACACUCGGCCUGACACCCUCUCAGCGUGCCCAGCUGCAGCAUGGGGGGGCCAUAGCACGGCAAAUAGAGUCGGAGCACCACGGGCCUCAUACUGCGAGCUUUGCAACGAAAAGGCUUGGCAAAGCCGUGAGCGUCCCUGUAACCAUUCCCUCCGUCCAGGUCCCCGUCCCAGUAUUUCGCGUGCUGCAUGGUCAACGCACGGUGAGCACUGGCAUUGAGCGGACGGAGACAGAUAUCUGGGACGAAAGGGAGGCCUCCGCGCACUGGAAUGUGCCUGCUUUCGCAGAUGUGACUGAGCCUAAGGACCAGCGGAAGGACAAGGACUUGCCGGCGCGGUGGUGCACGCCGCCGAAAGAGCGCUGCCGCGUGGACGACGCGCUCCUGCGCCAGCGCAUCCCGUCUCAGGCCGAGGUGAAGGUGAAGGCUUUGGCGGUGGCCGCAGCGGAGGCCGAGGCGCAGGAGGAGUGGGAGCAAGACGAAGCAGGCGAUGCAGAGGUGUCCAAGAAGGAGAGACCGUCGAAGCAGGCAGCGAAGACCGACCGAUUCGAGGCGAUGAGAGAGCAGUUUCUGGAAGUUCAUGGGCCAGUGCUACAGCAAGAGUUGGGCAAAGGUUAUAAGCUCGUUCCUGCGGAUGUGGCACCAACCGUGAAGCAGAAGUUCUUACAGGAGUGCGAGACGCAUGGAUCUCCAGAUUUCGGAUACCACGGCACCCGAGCGGCAAACAUCCCUUCGAUACUCCAGCAGGGACUUCGCGUGCCCUCCAGCGAGAGCGGUGUCCGCGUCGCCAACGGCUCAGCCCAUGGAGUUGGUAUCUACACAGCCAUGCCGGGCAACUCCUGGCUUUCACGAGGUUUUGCGGACACCAAGGACAUGUUGGUCUGCGGCGUGGUUGACCCCGAUGCAGAGCCCCGGCCGCACCCUGCGAGCGUUGCAACAUGGGCCGCCCCCCCGCGGCAGGUGGGAGGCCACCGGAACCACCACAAGCCAGUGGCCCCUCAAAGCGUCAACCUGGUGCCACCACCCAACCACAUGCUCUGGACCCACCGGGAGAACGACGGCAUCAAGGUCGUCGGGGGAGCGCGCGUGAUCUUCAAAGAAGAGCGCGUCGCGCCGCUGUUCGUGGCCCAACCCGUUGGUUCCGACCAGACCUUCACAAGAUCAACGGGAAAUCACAAAGAGACGAGCCGUGGAGGACGCAAGGGCCAGGUGUAUAUCCCGCAGUCUGGCGAAGUGGUCUGGGACUGCUGGGAGGAAGUGAGAGAUUGGAAUGCUCGGCGGGUGAAGCGCAUCGUGGUGACCAAGGAGAGACAGCAGCAGCGGGCGGCCGCCAGGUGCUCUGCAGGUGCUCUGGAACAGACCACCUGCAGCUUGAUCGACUUUCUGCUUCAGGAGGAAAUCGAGCGCGAGCGCGAGCGCCAGCGGGAGCGCGAGGAGCGCGAGAAGGAGCGCAAGCGCAGAGAGGAGGAGCGGGCCAGAGAGCGCGAAGAGCGCGAGAAGGAGCGGCUGAAGCAGCGCGAAGAAAAGGAAGGCUUGAUGCAGACGAGCUCCCUCGCGGAGAUGAACCUGUUGAAGCUUCCUGACCAAGAGCGCCGCGAGCGACAAGCCGAGAAGGAGCUCGAGCUGAUCAAGCGCCACUACCUCGGCAUGAAGGAGAACAAGAAGAAGAUGCAGAAGCCAUCCGAAAAGUUCAGGAACAUCUUCAACUUUGAGUGGAACGCCGACGACGACACCAUGCGAGGUGACAACAACCCGCUCUACACCAAGCGCCUCGAGCCGCAGCUGCUCUUCGGUCGCGGCUACCGCGCCGGAAUCGACGUCCGAGAGCAGCGCAAGAACAACAGUUUCUACGAAGAGCUCAUCGCCAAGCGUGCGGAGUACUCUGGCGAGGACGUGUCAGCCUUCGUCCAGCCCUCCAAGGAGCCCUUGUCCUUCAAGCAGCGGGACAUCGAGGAUAAGGACAUUAACAAGACGCACUGGACAGAGAAGCCAGUGGCCGAGAUGACCACUCGUGACUGGCGCAUCUUCCGUGAGGACUUCCAGAUUUUCAUUCGCGGAGGGCGUGUGCCCGUGCCCAUGCGGGUCUGGUCUGAGGGUCCGCUUCCCUGGGAGCUGCUAGAAGCCGUCACGAAGGUGGGCUAUGCCAGGCCAACGCCCAUCCAGAUGCAGGCGAUUCCGAUUGCUUGCCAGUGCCGCGAUCUCAUUGCGGUUGCAGAGACUGGUAGUGGCAAGACGGCAGCCUAUGUUCUUCCGAUGCUGUCCUACGUCAAGAAGCUCCCGAAGCUUGAUGAUACAAGCGCACAGGAUGGCCCGUACGGCAUCGUGCUGGCGCCUAGCCGCGAGCUGGUGAUUCAGAUCGAGGAAGAGGCUCGCAAGUUCGCCGCCUUCUGCGAUUGCCGGAUGGUCAGUGUCGUGGGUGGCAGAGAUGCUGAGCAGCAGGCCUUCACUCUGCGUCAGGGCGUGGAAGUGUGCAUGGCCACGCCCGGUCGUCUUUGUGACUCCCUCGACAAGAGGCAUACGGUGCUCAACCAGUGUACUUACGUGGUUAUCGAUGAGGCGGACAAGAUGGUGGACCUCGGAUUCGAGGACUACGUCCGCCGCGUGCUCCUCGCCAUCCCAGCCUCAAACAUGAAGGCAGACAAAGAGGAUGACGCCGAGAAGCAGGAGGAGGAUGCCCUGGUCGGCAAGAAGAAGUACCGAAUCACUCAGAUGUACAGUGCGACGAUGCCGCCCGCCAUCGAGCGAAUGGCACGCAGUUUUCUGCGGUGUCCGGCCAUCAUCAAUGUCGGUGAUCCCGGGCAAGCGAAAAAGGAUAUCGAGCAGCAGCUGGAAUUCAUCAGCGAGGCCAAGAAGAAGAAGCGUCUGGAGGAGAUGCUUGUCGGCGCUGAACCGCCAAUCAUCGUCUUUGUAAACCAGAAGAAGGCCGUGGAUGUCUUGUCCAAGUCUUUGGACAAUAACGGCUACAGAGUUUGCUCCAUCCAUGGAGGUAAGAGCCAGGAGCAACGAGAGUGGGCCAUGAACUCCUUCAAGGAGGGCAGGUACGACAUUUUGGUGGCCACCGAUGUGGCUGGGCGCGGCCUGGACAUCGAGGGUGUGCAGAGAGUGAUCAACUUCGACAUGCCGAAGACGAUCGAGGACUACACGCACCGAAUCGGUCGAACUGGCCGAGCAGGUCUGAAAGGAUUGGCGAUUUCAUUCGUCACCCCGGAGGACUCCGAAAUCUUCUAUGACCUCACGAAUUUCUUGAAGAGCUCAAAUCAAGUUGUACCGCCAGAGUUGGCCUCACACCCCGCCUCAAAGUUCAAGCCGGGCACGGUCAACGAGCACGGGCAGGUCAUGGGCCGGAAGCUGGUUGACCAAGUCGUCUUCGCGAAGAAGUGA